GAACAGACCACCGGCCUGAUGGGGUUGGCUGUGUGCGACACUCUACACUCCACACGAGAGGCUAACCAUUCUGUAUACAAAGAUUCUCGAUAUUAUGAAACACUUCCCUAAGCAUGCAGCCUAUAGAAAAUACACAGAACAGAUCACCAGUGAGAAGCUGGACAUGGUCAAAGCGGAACCAGAUGUUAAAAAAUUAGAAAACUUGCUUCAGGGUGGCGAAGUAGAAGAGGUGAUCAUUCAGGCUGAAAACGAACUAAGCCUGGCAAGGAAAAUGUUGCAGUGGAAGCCAUGGGAGCCACUGGUGGAAGAGCCUCCUGCCAACCAGUGGAAGUGGCCAAUAUGAUCCCAGUUUCUGAUGGUUGAUGAGAAUUAUAUGUGCAAUUAAAUGUUCUGUUAUGCUGAAA